AUGCGGCAGGCACGCGCUUCGCACGCCACCGGCGCGGUCCGGCCGCCGCCGCCGCUGCUGCUCCUCCUGGCGGCGAUGCUGGCCGCUGUCGGCGCCACGGCGCACGCGCCGCAGGACCCCGCCGAUACAUCUAAGCCUACGUACUGGGGAUCCGACAAUCGGCUUAUCCGAGGCUAUACGGACAGCAAGGGACGCCAUUACCCACGGCUGCCCUACUAUCCAAUUGACGACGACGACAAUAUGGACAACCGCAUAUCACCGCCGUCUGCGUCGCUGUACGAGAGGCUGCCGUCGCCGCCCCCGCAGCGCCGCCCACAGCAGCCACGCAGACGGUUGAGGCCGGCCGGACCUCGCGAGGGCGUCUUCCGCACCUCCGGCCACGGCAGCGUGCGCAUCCCUUACCCGGGCGCCCACGUCCACGUCAACAACGACGCCCCUUCUCGCAAGGUCUUCUGA